UGUGUGUGGGGGGGGGGGCUGGAGGUGGGAUCCCGGCCCCGCGGGGUUACGACGUCUCCGGGCGCACCACCGGCCCGCCUCGCCCGCCGCGUCGGGGAGGUGGAGCCAGAGCGCGCGCGAUAGGACCCGAAAGAUGGUGAACUAUGCCUGGGCAGGGCGAAGCCAGAGGAAACUCUGGUGGAGGCCCGCAGCGGUCCUGACGUGCACACCAGCACUUCUUAUUUACCAGCCUCAAUGACAUGAUCACAUUUAUAGUGAGGACGCCAAAUCCGCGCGAGAGCGAGCACGCGCACACACAAUAAAGCGUGCAAGAAACCGCUGCUUUUCCUUCGGCUUGCUCUUCGCGUGCGCGAGCGCGUGUGUGUGUGCGAGCGUAUGUGAGUGAGUGUGAGUGUGUGUGUGUGUGCGCAGCAGCGAGCGGACGUGUCGUAAUGAUAUAAAACUGAAAGGAAGGAAGGAUUUUUUUUUCCACGCGCGCACACACAGAAAGGCUGCUUGUCGCUUUCCUGCCGCUGGAGUACGAAUAGUUUCUCUCCUCUUUUCGGACGAUCGUGGAUUGUGCCCCACUUUUGUCCCCCGCCCCAGGAAGGGUCGAAGGACGCGAAGGAAGCGCCGUCUGGAAUUGUUUUUUUUUUUGUUUUUUUUUUUCUUCACCUGGAAGAGAAUCUCCAUCGGUUUCCUGAAUAGAGAAGCAACAGAGGGAUUAAAACAUUCCUGGCCGGGUUACAUUGUGCGCUGUGCUAAGAAAGGCGGCUAUAAAUAGCCCCUUGCGCGAUUCCAGUAAACUAUCACAAGUGCUGCAUGGGAUCGUGAAGAAUCACACGCGUGUAGAAAUCACACUCGCGUGGGUUUGUUUGGGUGUUUUUUUUUUUUUCCUCGAUUCGAGAAGUUUUUUUUUUUUUUUUUGUGCGUGCCGUCGUCGGCGCCUUCGCAACCAUGGAUUAUUAUUCCGAUUAUCAUUACGAUGUUCGUCUCAGGUUGAUUUUUUCCAAACGGCGUGGAUGUGUCCGCCUGACCUGGAUUGGAAUCGUGUUUUGAUCCCCCCCACCCCUUCCCACCCCCUGCGUGGAUUAUUUUCAAAUCGACCAUGGGCUCAUCGUGCACUUCUUCGCUGUGAAUACGCCCCAUUAUUUGCUUCUCUUAUUCAUCUGGACCUCUUGUGAGGUUUUUAGCCUUGCUUACACCCCCUUACACCCCCCCCCUUCUCCUCCUCGCCGUGUGUUUGUGUGGAGUGGACCCCCACUUCAGGGACGGGACCCCCACUCUUGUGUGUCAGCCCCUUUGGGGUGUUGAUGUUGGGAUUUCGACAUGCCUAACGCCGAGGAGCCAAAGCUGGGAGCAUUAUGACGACAACGACGAAUUGGGUGGCGAACGGGGCAAGCCUCGAGGACUGCCACUCCAACAUCUUCUCCCUGGCGGAUUUGACGGGCAUCAAAUGGCGCUGCUACAACUUCCGUGGCAGUGGCGAAUACGGUCCGGUGAUCUCGGCGCCCGCACAGGACGACCCGGUCCUGCGCAGCUUCAUGCGCUGCGUGCAGGCCAACCUGCUGUGCGUGUGGCGCCGCAAGAUCAAGCCAGACGCCAAGGAGCUGUGGAUUUUCUGGUGGGGUGACGAGCCCAACCUGUCGGAUGUCAUCCAUCACGAGCUGGAAGGUGAGCAGGAACACGAGGAGGAGGAGGAGACAAAAGUUGCUGUCCUCUUCCUCGCCAUCUUACUGCACUUUGCUCAAGUGUCUAGACAGCAUGAGAUUUGUUCGGAAUGA